AUGUACAAUAGCGGUGAUUUUGCCCCUCCGUAUCAAAUGAAGUCGCCAUCAAUGAACCUGAUACCAAGGCAUUCAAUGAGUGCCCCUAUGAGUGGGAUUAGCACUGGUAUGAGUUCGGCUCAAAGCAAGUAUCACAAGAAUGAUAAACCAUCUAGUCUCCUGGUGGACACAAGUGGAGGCAAGUCUACAACAAACCAGAAGCUGUCUGCAACCACAUGGGCGGCCGCUAAUGAGGACUAUAACAAGCCUCGAAGAAUAUGGGUAAAGAUGUCACGAGGAACACCAACCACGAUAUUGGCUCACAAUGACGACCUUAUUGAUGAUUUAAAGUCACAAAUUAUUCAAAAAUACCCAAAUUCGAUCGGGAGGUUCAAUGAUGCUGCCAACUUGACUCUUAAAUUGGAAAAGCUCAGCAGUGCAAAUAAUGACAACACUCUGGAGACGCCAUCAGGUAAACGCACUGGGGAAUUGGUUUCAUUGGAGCCGGAUCAAAAUGUUUGGCAAGUACUUGACACGUAUUUUCCGCAAGGUAUGGGGAUGAAGGAUGCAAUAAUAAUUGAGAGUUCAAUCUCUGACAGCUCAAGGAAAACAACCCCUGUCGAGUCAAAUCAUCGACACUCAUUCUCCGAUCAAGACGGACCUAUCACGAAAACUUCCAAUGAUAGAUCUCAAAUCAAGCAUCCACAACCACUCCAAGCAGAUCCUAUAAGACGAACUUCCACAGCCCAAAACAUCUCAUCACAGCAACAGCAACAACAACACUCACAGUCACUGAUUCAAACAUUAAAGAAUUUUCCCGAACCCAAAUCAAGCUAUUCUAGUAUGCCAGGAGCACCUUACAAAGAUAGAUCGGUAUCGCCUUCAAUAACAGCUGCAAAAAACUCACCUAUUCCUCGAAACCAAUCCCACACAAAUGUUGUUCAAUCACCAGUUCAAAAGCCCAACUCACAAGCUAUACUUCUUUUACCCAAAAACUUUUCCAUCAAUUCCAACUCUAAUGGUACCCCGUCAAGGGCCAAGACUUCACAUGAACUAGGUACAAGCUCUAAAGAGGAUAUUCAAAAUGCAAAAGUUAACACCGAUCUUCCAGAGGAGCGUUCUGUUAAUAAAGAUAAGCAAGGCGAUGUUGGAAUUGUUUCGUCCCCCUCGCCUGCUCCACAAGUAAGAACAUCCAAGGCCGAUAUUCUACCCUCUUUAACAAAAACCAUUAGCUCAAACAAGGGUUCUGACAAGUCAAACGACCCAGCAUUAGAAAAGGUUUUCCCUUCCAUUUCGGUACUUGUCGUUGAGGAUAACGCCAUUAAUCAAGCUAUUCUAGGAGCAUUUUUAAGGAAGCGAAAGAUCCACUACCAAAUUGCCAAGAAUGGACAAGAAGCAAUUGAUAAAUGGAAAAAGGGGGGCUUUCAUUUGGUAUUGAUGGAUAUUCAACUUCCAGUAAAGUCGGGUAUAGAAGCUACAAAAGAAAUACGGCAUUUGGAGAAGUUGAAUAAAAUUGGUGUUUUUGAUGACACUGAAUUGAGCAAAUUAGCAUUAAACGAGUUGCAACCGGAUGACAAGUUGGACACAAACACGUUUAGAUCACCUGUCAUUAUUGUUGCUUUAACGGCGUCGUCCAACUCCUCUGUUGAUCGAAAGAAUGCAUUAACAGCUGGUUGCAAUGAUUAUUUGACCAAGCCAGUAAACUUGGUGUGGCUUCAGAAUAAAAUAACUGAAUGGGGCUGUAUGCAAGCAUUGAUUGAUUUUGAAGGCUGGAAGGGCAAGAAGAACUGGUCAGCCACGUAG